AUGCACAAUAAGCGCAAUUAUGAUAAAGUAUUUUUUAGUUGGUGUCCACCGGCUGGUAGAUAUCCAUGGCGCUUUCCAUUUAUUGACAUAUUCUAUCAUGAUGAAAAUCACACACAUGUUUGGCUUGUCGGAAAACCGAGCAGUUGUCCUGUUCGUCGUGAAGAUGUCUUUCCACUAGUUCUUCGACCAUUAGGACCGUUAUGGUUGUUAGCACCUCGUGAACCAAUGGCUCAUUUCGAAUCUCGAUCAAUGCGAGCUAUCGAAACAGGCUGUCUUGCUUUUGUAUAUUCGCACAAAUACGAACGGCGUAUAUACAAUAAAACACGUUAUGCCAGCUGCUCGAAACUCAGGUCUGUCUAUCCGUAUGUGGAACGGCAAUGUGCAUCUACCGAAUGUAUCGAAUAUCUCAAGUUGGGCGAUUAUCUCUUACAUACAGUUAAAUUCACUCCUGCCUAUCGAACGUUUUUGUAUAAAGAGUACGAUCCAUCAUAUCGUCCAUGUUGA